AUGUCGCUGUCUCAAGGGCUGCAAUGGUCCUUACGGGGUGUCAGCACUGGCCGGUACAGAACGAUUCCAGGCAAAUCUAGCCUGAGGCAUUAUUCACUCACUGCCCACUCCAUUCCUCUACCAUCCUCAAGAUCAACGCGGAUUUCAAGUCUCAGAAAUACUUAUCAUCCCACUCAGCAGAGCCGCUCUCUAUCUUUCUUUGGAUGGGGUUCCAAACCAGCCUCGAACGGUCCUGCCGACACACUUUCUAGUACCACGACGGCAGACACAAGUCAAGCUGCCUCCGCGACGACAGAUGCUGUGCGGACCGUCAAAGCCUCCCAUGGCACCUCAACUGCCCCUGAUCCUUCUACCAUACAACCCCAUUUAGCCAACGAACAUACCCCGGAGGCGCUUCAAAGACUCGAAAAUGCCAUCAUCAAUCCCCACGGAAUAGUUCCUCCAGCAGAACAGAUAUCUGAGAUACCUGAUUUGGCCUCGAUACCUGAACGUAUCGGCUAUUUGAAAGAAGUCUGCGCCUUGGACUUUGGCUGGGGACCUUCGGCGAUCAUAGAGUGGGCCUUGGAACAUCUCCAUAUCACCGCGGGCCUUUCCUGGUCUGCUUCCAUCAUCGUGUUUGGUCUCAUCUUUAGAGGAGUGCUUAUAUGGCCCUCUUUCAGGGCGUUCGAUCAAGCUGCAAAGACGAAAGAAUUGGCACCCUUGUUGACACCUCUACAGGAAAAGAGCAAGGCAGCAGUGGCACAAGGGGAUAGAAAUACUGCCAUGGAGGUUCAACGCGAAAUGUCGGCCAUGCGGAAAGAAUACGGGUUAAGUUUUACAACAAUAUUUGCACCUAUCCUCUUACAGUUGCCCUUCCAGUUCGGUGCCUUUCGCGUUCUGAGCUCCGCCGGUAAUCUACCUGUACCGGCCUUCGAGGUCGAGCAUUGGCUUUGGUUAACCAACAUAUCAACAACCGAUCCGACUUAUGCCCUUCCCCUUAUGAUAUCUGGCGUCACGUACCUAAACAUGUCAAGGCUGGUGAAAGACCAACCGCAGAACCAAAUCGCCAAAUACAUGCGGACAGGGCUGCCUCUGUUAUCCUUCGCGUUCAUGAUUUGGCAACCUGCAGCUCUACACUUAUUCUUUCUGGUCAAUGGUAUUUUCCAAUAUGGGCAGCAAACCCUGUUCAAUACACCACUUUUCAGAUCUUGGACCGGGCUAGCUGCUGCCGUGCCUGCCCCAAAGCCUAUAGCAGCGCAGAAAGGUCCGACGUACGGCGGUAUGAAGACGGUUGCCAGUCGGGAGGUGCCUGCAACAUCAUCCGAGUCGAAUCGGAGCUUUAUCGACCAGAAAGUUGACAAAGUCAAGAACCUUUGGAGCGAUUCGUCGGUGGUGACUGGUCUUAAGAACAGCUCGAAAGCGAGUGCCAUCAAAGAAGCAAAUAAACAAUCCAAAGCACGACAGGAGAAGUGGGAGCUUCAACGCCAGGAUGAACUGGAAGCCGCGCGCCGUGAGAGAAACAGCAAAGUUCCUCGGUAG